AUGGAGCGUCUCUCGCUGGGCUUGGAGAUUUACACGGGAGCGGGUGGAGGGGGGGCAGAACAGGCGCGCGCGGCGGGAGGCACCACCCCCCCAACGCAAACCGACCGGCCAGGCAACCCCGAAACGGAAAACGAACCAAGCCGCACACGAACGCGGACAGCCCCCCAAGCCGCACCCCAAGGGGCCCCCAGGCCCCACAGGGGCGGCGACCCCCAAGACCACCGGCCCACCAACGGGACCCCCCACAAGCCGCGGCAACCCACCCCCCACCCACCGGGCACCCCCAAAGGGGAGGGCCAGGGCCCCGGCAGCCACACCCCGGGCAGAAAAACCCCCAAACCCCCCAAGCGCCCGCCCCCGGCCCCCCAAACAACCCCAAAGCGCCCCAGCAGCCCCCCGGAGGGAACGGGCAAAGGCACCCCCCCAAAGACCCCGCCCGCCCCCAAGCGGGGCCAGACCCGGGAAGAACAAGAGCCGGCGGGGGGGGCCAGAGCCCCUAGCCCAGCCAGCCAGCGACCCCACCCCGGACCGGGACCCGCACCCAGCCCCACGGCAGCGGGGUCGGGGGUGGGGGGGCCCCCAGACCGCCGCCCCCCACCCCGGGGACCCCCCCCCCCAAAAGCCCCGAGAACCCAAGCGAACCCCCAAGGGGACAACAGAAAGCCACCCCGAAGCAGCCGCACGGCAAACCCACGGCCCCGCACGGAACGCGCCGGACCCCCCAACCCCCCACAGCGGCCCACCGCGACAACGGCACCCCCCAAGCCGCCCCCGGGCCCGGCACGGCCGCCGGGGCACGCCCCCAGGCCGCCCCCGGCCGGCCCGCCCAACCCAAGGCAGGGCGGGGCGCGGCCGACCCGGCAGAAGGCGGCUGCCGAGCCCCCCCCGGGAACCCGCGGGCGCCCCCAAGGCCGGGGACGUCCGCGCCGGGGCCCCAGCCGCCGGGCGGGCCGGGCCGAUGCCGGCCGGCCGGCCGGGCCCGCCCGGGCCGGCCCGGCCGGGGGCCGGCCAGGCCGGCCGGCCGGGCCAGGCCCCGGACGGCCCGGGCCGGGGCCGCCGGGCCGGCCCAGAGGCCAGGCCCGCCGAGGCCGAGGACGCAACAACCCAAAAACCCGAGCGCGACGCGAAGCGCGGGCCCAGACGGGGACAGCGCCGCAAGCCGAGGCGGGCAAGCGAGAGGAGGGACCGGCGGCGGCCCAGACGAGACCACAGGGGCCACCGGGGCAGAGCAGCGCGCCGCCGCCAGGGGCCGCGGGCGCGCAAAGAGGAGGGCCGCAGGGGGGCCCAAAAGAAGAGAAAAAGACAGGGGGAAAAGGCGGCGGCCGCAGGGGGGGGACCCGGCGGGGGAGGAGGCGAGGCCAGCACGCGGCGGCGGCGCCACAGCGGGACGCCAACGGCGCGGCGCCAAGAGCCGGGAAGCGAGGGGGGGAGAGGAGAGGGGGCGCCGGGAAGGCAGGGGCCCAAACGGGAAGCGCCAGGGGGGGGGGACGGCCCGACCACAAGGCAAGGGAACAGGGGGGGGCAAAGGACCAAAGCGGAAGCGGAGGGCCAAAAAAGCGGGGGAGGAACAACGGGGGGAAGCACGGCGGAACCGGACGGAAAACGGGAGCAAACUGCCAGGGCAACAGAGCCCAGGACCCCGGGGACGGCCAGGACCCAGGCGAGGGGGGGGGGAGGGGAGGGGGGGGGCGGGGCCCCAAACGCCGACAAAGAAGGGCAAAAGGCACAAAAAGAGGAAGCCCAGAUGCCAUAGCAACGGAGCCCGCAGGAAAGACAGGCAAAGGGGAGAGGGCGGCAGGCGGAGGCAGCCAAGCCAGAAAGCCGGGACCAGCGCGGGAGCAAACAGCAGAGGUGAACGGUGCAACCGCCGCCGGCCCAGCAAGGGGCCAGAGUCACCCCAACCGGGGCCAGGCAAGCGGGGAGAGGCAGCAGGUGGGGGCCAACACGAACGGGAGAAAGUGGCGGGUGGUCAACCCCAACACCCGUGGGGGCACAGGUAGCUUGGGGACGGGCCUUCCCCCGCGCAGGGCUGUGUGGAGAAACGCACGGCCGGCUGUGAUCGACCAGAGUCGGCCUGGCGCCUCCUGGAGCAACUGGGGGAGCAGAUGGCGCCCUGGGUGCCCUGAGCCGCCAGCAUCAGCGGCGGCCUGGGCCCGGUCGGGGGGCCAGAAAGGAAGAAGAAAACGGCCUUUAAAACACAUGAAACGUUGGAACAUAGAGCCCCAGAUCAGUGGGUCCGCUCCGCCCAAUUGA